AGACCUUACAAAUAUAUUCUCCAAAACCCUCUCUGUUACUUUCAUACGAUCCCACCGUUCGCCGCUCUCCUCCGUCGGCUACAACCGGUGACUGCACGAGUUUGAUUACUUAUAUAUUCUUACGGAAAGAAUAUUUAAAAUCAUGGCGGGAGGGAAAAUAAGGAAAGAGAAACCAUCGCGUGGAGGAGCUGCUGGCUCUUCAAAUCACUAUCAAGGAGGCAUACAGUUUCACAAAUCGAAGGGUCAACAUAUCCUGAAGAACCCUUUACUUGUUGACUCGAUCAUCCAGAAAGCUGGAAUCAAUAGUACAGACGUGAUUCUUGAAAUAGGUCCCGGUACGGGUAAUCUUACGAAGAAGCUUCUAGAAGCUGGAAAGUCUGUUGUUGCAGUUGAGCUUGACCCGCGUAUGGUUCUUGAGUUGCAGCGUCGGUUUCAAGGCACUCCACACUCCAAUCGACUCAAGGUUAUUCAAGGAGACGUACUCAAAUGUGAUCUUCCAUACUUCGACAUAUGCGUAGCCAACAUUCCAUACCAAAUAUCAUCUCCUCUUACUUUCAAACUAUUAAAUCACCGUCCCGUAUUUAGAUGUGCCGUAAUAAUGUUCCAAAGGGAAUUCGCAAUGAGACUAGUGGCCCAACCCGGUGACACGCUCUACUGCCGCCUUUCAGUAAACACCCAACUUCUGGCCCGCGUUUCCCACUUACUAAAAGUCGGAAAAAACAAUUUCAGACCCCCGCCAAAGGUUGAUUCAUCCGUAGUCAGAAUCGAGCCAAGAAAACCUGCUCCAUCGGUCAACUUUAAAGAAUGGGACGGUUUAGUCAGAAUAUGUUUCACUAGAAAGAACAAAACCAUAGGGGCAAUCUUUAAGCAAAAACGCGUGCUUUCAAUAUUGGAGAAAAACUAUAAAACGCUACAAGCGUUACAGACUUCUCAGGGAAACGGUAACCAAGUGGUAACCGAUGCAUCGGUUCUUGGAGAUGCCGGUGAGCUGACAAUGGAAACGGAUGAAAAUGAUGACGGUGAUGAUGACGACGAUGAUAUGGAAAUGGAUGAUGGUGAGGCAAAUGGGUCGGAUUUUAAAGAGAAAGUUUUGGGUGUGUUGAGACAAGGAAAAUACGAAGAGAAGAGAUCGUCGAAGCUUGCGCAAGCUGAUUUUAUGCAUUUGCUAUCGUUGUUUAACCAAGCGGGUAUACAUUUUUCUUGAUUGAUUUGCAAAUUUUCAUGAUAUAUGUAUUUGUUUUUAGCUAUAAUUUUAUAUAUCCAUGGUACCUAUUUUUUCA